GGAUCAGAAGAUUACAGUUUGUGUUUGCAUUGUGAAUGUAUCAUCUUGUGAGUGUCUCCUCCUCUUCUUCUCGUACUUGUAGAGAUGAUUCAUUCAGUUCUCUGCAUUUUGGCUGUCCAGAGUGCCGUGGUUACGUUAGGAUUGCCAACUGCUCUAAAUGAAGGAUAUCCAUUCAGGCAUACCCAUAACUCUGCAGAUCUCGGGCAUGUUCAUGUUUUUGGAGCCAAUGCUAAGGAUCAAGGUAAUGCCACCUGGGGACACAAACACGAUGUUGGGUUGGAUACAAUUAAAAAGUGGUCAGCUGGUCCAAGCAUUCAAAAUGGCGACCUAGUAAUCCGUGAAGAGCCUUCUGCUAAAUCCACCAUUCAAGAUGUCGGCCUAGUUGCACGAGGAGAGCUUCAAGAUGUCGGUCUGGUUACACGAGGAGAGCUUCAAGAUGUCGGUCUGGUUACACGAGGAGAGCUUCAAGAUGUCGGUCUGGUUACACGAGGAGAAAGAAGUUUGGGCGCUUUCAAGGCAACGCACAACAGUGGACAAAGGAGGCAUACGAGGCCGUUAACCAUCCGUCGUAAAUACAAGCUGAGGAGUCUGGAUGGUUAAAUAAUGUUACUCUUAUUUAGAAAUGAACAAUAGUUUAGAAACUACACUGUACAUAAACUGGUAUUAAAUUUCGUGUAAUAUAACCUUUGAUUUUUAAUAGAAUGAAAUUGUUUCAA